GAAGCCCAAAGAAGGGAGAUGUUGAGGAGCAUUGCCCUCUCCCUGUCCCAACACCUGGUCCUGUCUUACCAUCUUGUAGAGGGCAGAGGGAAUGGCCUCAAAGGACAGGAGGAAGAGUUGCUACCAAGGCAACAGUCAGAUAAAAGGGUCCUGAGCCCAGGCCAAGAAUGUAAUGUAAGAAAACAUCUCACACAAGCCAUUCCUUAGUUCACAUGAAGAUAAAGGGAGGGACAGAGGGAGGAAGCACAUUCAGACUUGCAAGAUUCUGUUACUGAAGCUUUACAAUAAAAGUAGUACUGACUUGCAUGGCAUUGGUUUUCUACAGUAGUCUGGUCUACCCUGAAGGGCUAACACAUCUUCUCCAGCAGGUGGCCCACACCUUCCAUUUUCUACUGACAAAGCUAAAAGAAUCCCUUUAUGUUGCUUUGGUUUCUUUUGCAAGAUCAAAUUUCUUUUAUACUUUUGCCUUCCUUACUGUCUUUCUGCAGAUACCUGCUUGCUGGUAAAUCUCUUUGGUGAUUAGAUCCAUUUCCUAUAUACGUUCCUUUUCAUUCAUAGCUCAGACAAACGCUCUGUCCAUCCACAACAGUUGCCCCCCCCCAUUUUUUUUCUCAUUAUAUGUCAAGUAUCUUGAGUCACUGGGAGUCAGGCAGCAUAUAAAUUAUGAUGAUGAUGAUGAUGAUGAUGAUGAUGAUGAUGAUCCCAACCCACCCAUCCUCCCUUUGCCCUGAUACAUUCUGUCCAGGUGUGCUGGAUUUAAACUCUUCCAAUUAUAUGGUCGUUGACCAAAAUAAAUAUUAUCUAUCUAAGCUCUCCUAAUUCCUAACUGGAAAACUGAACAGAUGUUGGGUUGGAUCCAGACUUAAUCAUAAUUUGAGUAAGUACAUUAAAAGAACCGGGCCUUAAAUUAGUCAUCAUAAGUAACUGAUGUCCCAUUGUUUUUAAUGAGUUUAACUAAAUGUUGAUCUAAUAUAGUAAUUGUAUUUAAUUUGUAAGUUUCGUUCUUAUUCCUUUUUUGCCCACCAGUGAAUUUUGUACACCGAUCAAUUACAUCUGGUUAUUUUGGAAGUCUUGUGCGUUUUUCCCUGCCGAAUGGACUAGGUUAUUAAUUGAUGGUUGACAGUUACCUCUGCAAAUUUCUAUAUCCACGCCAUAAUUGCAAUAAGGGUAUCACACCAAUCAAUUGUGUCUGCAGCAGGCAAAAGAAACAUGAGGCAGGACAUGAGAUUUUAACACUAGUGGGAGGCAAAAAAGGAACAAGAGCUGUAAAUUUUAAAUUACAGUAAAGGCUAAAAAUAGAGAAAUCCCCUAGGGCCCCCAGGGACAGUAGAAGUUAUAUAAAACCCUGUACAUGGGGGCAUGGCAUAACAUAAUGUGUGUAUCCCUCUGCUCUGAGACCUUAAGGGAAGGUGAACUGUGUAUUCCAUUUUGAUAGCUGUCAGAAAUGAUGGAAGGCUUGGCUUUCAUGAGAUAAUAUCUAUGUAAGUUAUUGCACAGGUAAGAGCUGAAGUCAUUGUUCUUUCCAGCUGUGUGCAUUUAAGGCUGUAGCCCUCUGCAUUAACCUCAGACUAAAUUCUAUUGAAAUUACUCUGUUACUCACUCCUGCCCUCUGCAACCCCCUGAGGUUUGUUUUGCCUCAACUCUGCUGCCCUUUAGAAAAGCUUUAAAAACUUGGAUUUUCAAACAGGCCAGAGACUUGAGUGUUUUGUGAUUCCACUUGAUUGAUGAUGGGUGGUUGGAAUUCUCUUGUUUGUCUAUUUUCUCAGUGUGUUACUACUGAGUAGUACUUGGUUGUGUACUGUUAUGAUCUUAACUCUGUAUGCUAAAUCUUUUGAUUUGGCAGCUUUAUAAAUCCAAUACACCAUGAUCAUAGUAAGACCCUAUGAAAAACCAUAAACCAAAGGCCUAAGAAAUCCAGCACUAAAUUCUCACAGUCAACAGCAAUGCAUGAACUUGUAGUCCCUUCCAUCUUUCUUCUUACCUCUGAGCCUGGAAGCAUAAUAUAGUCAUCAUGAUCAGCAAACACUAAUCACCUUACCAUUCUUGAAUUUGUUUUUCAAGUGCUUGGGUGUUUCAGUAUCCCAUUCGAGUGAAUUCUGCGGUCUGACUGAGCAAUGGGUGAAGAACACACACUUUGAAUAUCAUUGCAUUCUUAGGGCCUUUGUGUUCCUGUCCUUCACAGAGAGGCUCUGUUGUAGACAGAAAUUGGAUAAUGCUUUUGCCACAUUUUACAUCAUCCAAGUCUGGAGUUUCAACUGACAAAACCAUCCAUGACUUAGAGAGUCAGUCUUGUAGUUUCGCUUUUGGAGAAAUCUUCUGAUGUUCUGCUGUGGGAAAUACAACGGGCAAAGUGGUGGGCUUAGAAACUGCUGUUGGCCUUUUUUGAACAUGAAAACUUGCUGGCUGUGAAGAUUGCUGCGUGUUUCUAAUCCUUCGUCACUACCUCAGGGUAGGACAUACAUCUGUAUUCCCAAAGACGGGCCUGCUGUGAAAAUGUCAGAGGAUUUAGGUUAACUUUCAAAAAUAAAAUCCAGAUAACUUUAAUCAUACAUCAAGAAGCUGUAAACUACUGCAGUGGAGGGAUGUAAAUGUGAGCUGAAUUUACCUACUGCCCAGACUUUUUGGCCAGGGAGCUUGCAAAAUGAACUUUGUUUUCAUCCAGAACCCCAAGAUCAACAGAUGUAUACUCAGAAUUUUGGGAUUUUGGCUCCAGCUAUUUAUUGCAAGUAGUUGAAAUUAAAUGAUCUCUCAGUCUUUCCAUUCGUAUUAAUGCAGGUACUUUCUUGCUGCCGUUAAACAGUUGCAAGGUCAAAACCCUUGCUAAUCUAUUCAAAAUUCAGUAAUUCCUGGUUUAUCUUCUGCUCUCAUAGACCAUAACCUCACUGACUUCUCUGAUUUUUCCUUCUUCCAGUGUCAGUCAUGGAGAUAAUAAAGAUGCCAUUUCUUUUUCAGUGAGAAGAAUGAGUUUUCUGGCUUUGGAUUUGGAAUGGAGUUGCUGCAUAGUUACAAAUUUUAUAUUGGAAGAUACAGAAUCAAAACUGUUUCAGUAUUAGGCAUUUUUGUGCACUAAAUGAUUCCAUUAAAUCUUAAUUUGGUAGUUGACAGCUGAAGGUUGCUCAUGAAGUAAAUUUUACUUUCUGUUUAGGUAACAAAGAAUUUAGUGGGUGAAGAUUUGAUGCUUUCAAUCACAGGCAUAUUUGCAUAGUAAAAAAAAAUCAAUUUUUGGUUGUACUGCUUUAUAACUGGCAGAUUCACACCAUAAUUUAUAGCUUGCAAAUUUGUAAAUUAUAGUGCAGUUGAUGAACCAGUCAGUGUUUAUAGGUAGGUUUCUGUACUCACUCAGGAAAACGUUACAGGAAUCUGUUCUGGGUAACAGGUUGGAUUUUUGGGGUGGGGGGGGGUGUCACUGAAUUGCCCAGACUAAUUUUUGAAAGGCACAUGGUAACAUUUUGUAAUUUGUGUGAUUUUCAGUUUUAAAAUUUGCCUUUGCUAUCCUUCCUGCUACUUCCAGUCAGUUGAUGUUGCUGUUAUAUCUUUUUAGGGAGGAUGGUGAGUUGGAAGAAGGAGAGUUAGAAGAUGACGGGGGUGAGGAGCCCAAUGGUGCUGCGGAGACACAUGAGAAGAGUAGGAAGGACAAAAAUGAGAAGCACCAUAGUGACUCAGACGAAGAAAAGACACACCGUAGGAAAAGGAAGCGUCGGAAAGAGAGAGAGAAGGAAAAGCGGAGAUCUAAAAAAAAAAGGAAAUCCAAGCACAAACGCCAUGCCUCUUCAAGUGAGGAUUUCUCUGACUACAGCGAGGAUUCUGACUUCAGCCCAAAUGAAAAGGGGCACCGGAAGUACAGAGAGUACAGCCCCCUCUACUCCUCUUCCCAUCAGCAGUAUUCAUCCUCUCACAGUGCCCCAAAGAAGGGGUAUUCUAAAAUGGAGAACAAGAACUACCCCAUCUAUGAAGAAUAUGAGAAUGAGGGCUACUGUGACUAUGAGGGGGAGGAGGAGGAAGACAUGGGGAAAGAAGAGUACGAUGACUUUGCAAAGGAGCUGAACCAGUACCGGAGGGCAAAGGAGGGGACGCACAGGGGGCGAGGUGGCCGUGGUCGAGGCCGAGGUUACCGUGGGCGUGGAAGAGGCGGAAUGAGAGGACGAGGCAUGGGUAGGGGCAGCCGAGGCAGGGGAAGAGGAGAGCACCCUGAGGAGGAGGAGGAGGAAAUGUACGAUGAGGAGAUGGAGUUCUGUGAAGGGGAGGAGCCCGUGGGUGAGGAAGAGUAUGAUGAUUAUUCCAAAGAGUUGAACCAGUAUCGCAGAAGCAAAGAAGGAAGGGGGAGAGGCAUGGGACGUGGCCGAGGCCGUGGCUCUAGGGGACGAGGAGGCAAGGGUAUGGGCCGGGGACGAGGCCAUCGUGGCAGAUCAGGCAUAGGCAAAGCAGGGGGGAUCAAUGAGGAGGACGACUACUAUGACGACGACAUGGGGGAUGGAGGUGGUAGCGGUGGGAAUUACAGGCGGAAUGAUCAUGAGAAAUCUCACCAGCAGUCAGAUAAGAAAGGAAAAGUCGUCUGCAAAUAUUUUGUGGAAGGAAGAUGCACUUGGGGGGAACAUUGCAACUUUAGCCAUGAUAUUGAGCUACCAAAGAAGAGGGAACUGUGCAAGUUUUAUAUCACUGGUUACUGUGCCAGAGCGGAGAAUUGUCCCUACAUGCAUGGGGACUUCCCUUGUAAGCUGUUUCAUACCACUGGGAAUUGCAUUAAUGGAGAUGACUGCAUGUUCUCGCACGAACCCCUCACUGAUGAAACCCGGGAACUCCUGGAUAAGAUGUUGGCGGAUGAUGCAGAAGCUGGAGCAGAGGAUGAGAAAGAAGUGGAGGAGUUAAAGAAACAGGGCAUCAACCCAUUACCCAAGCCACCUCCUGGGGUGGGAUUGCUGCCCACUCCCCCACGGCCCCCAGGGCCCCCAGCUCCCACCUCCCCUAAUGGCCGACCCAUGCCUGGAGGGCCCCCNNNNCCACCCCCCCCACCUCUUCCUCCCCCAGGGCCACCACAGAUGCCUCUCCCAAUCCACGAGCCUCUCUCACCUCAGCAGCUGCAGCAGGACUUGUACAAGAAGAUUCCUUCCCUCUUUGAGAUUGUAGUGAGGCCCACAGGACAGCUGGCAGAGAAGCUGGGGGUGAGGCACCCUGGCCCAUCUCCACCUCGGUUCCCUGGGCCUGGGCACCCCGACAUGCCCCCCGACAUGCCCCCUGACAUGCUUCCAGACCUAUGUCCUGACAUCUGCCCUGAUAUGCCAAUGGGUCCAGGGAUGAACCCUGGCCCUCCGUUGGGCCCUGGCCCUCCCAUGAUGCCCUUUGGCCCUGAGGAGAUGCCCCCUGGCCCACCAACACAGGACUUCUAUGACAACUUCUACUUGCACCCAGAAGGCUUGGAGAUAGAGCCCAGCCUCAUGGUUGGCCCAGAGGGCUAUCCGGGCUAUGAGGAGAUCCCUGGGGAAGGUCUCUUCCCCGAUCCCUCCCUUGAGCCAGAUCCUUUUUGCGAUGGAGGCAUCUCAAGACUGCAGAAGCCCUCCACCAGCAUCCCAGACUUCCUGCCUUCCACCCAGAGGGCUCUGUACCUUCGUAUCCAGCAGAAACAGCAGGAAGAAGAGAGGGCUCGCCGGCAGGCAGAGGGCUGCAAGCAGGACCGGGACCAUGAGGAAGGUGAUCCUGGCAGUUGGUAUUCCAGCGAUGAGGAUGAUGGAGGCGGCAGCAGCGUCAGCUCCAUCCUGAAGACCUUGCGGCAGCAAAGUUCCAGCAGGCCCCACGAAGACCCCUCUGGAAACAUCAUCUCUGCCUCGGGCAGGAGCGAUCCUCGCCUUCAGAAGAGCCAGCCCUCGGGAAGCAGCCGGCCAGCUGAUCCUCGCCUUCUGCGCGACCCCAGGCUUUCUCGAAACCUGGAGCCUUCUGGGGCUGGAGAUGCAGGGCCCACUGAUCCAAGGUUGGCGCGGCACGUCCCCACGUUGGCCCCCAAAGCAGCAGAAGCUCUGCAUUCGAGCCCCUCAGUUGGCCAGAAAGCUGUUCCAGUCCCAGAGGAGGAAGAAGGGGAGAGGGCCCUCCGGGACAAACCAGUCACAAUCCCUCUAGACACCUUGCCAAGCCACUCCCUUAGGGACCCUCGCUGCCAGCUGCAGCAGUUCAGCCACAUCAAGAAAGAUGUGGUCCUGCUCAAGCCUAGUUUCGCACGCAUGGUGUUGUGGAGCCCUGAGGACCUGAUCCCCCUGCCUGUCCCUAAGCAGGAAUUGGUUCCUGUCCCAGCUGCUCUCCAGGCCUUGCCUGCUCUCGACCCGCGCCUGAACCGGCCUCAGAACGCUAGCCUUUCUGACCCCAGGCAGCGGGCUGUGUCCCAGCCAGAACCCUCCGCUGGCUCCGGCUCCAGCCUUCCAGAUUUUGAGCUGCUGUCCAGGAUAUUAAAGACAGUCAAUGCAGCAGGCAGUCCUGGACAGAGUGACAAGCCAAGCGAUCCCCGUACGCGGAAGGCACCGGUUGAUCCCCGGUUGCCCAAGGCUUCUGAGCCAGGAUCCUCAGGGACCUCAAAGCAAGCAGAGAUCAACUCCCCUCUAGUAGUGGGUACGGAGACCGCAGCCAGCAUAGCACCUUAUGAUCCCAGGCUGCUGACAGCAGGAGGGUUGAGCAGAGGUCCUGGCCAGAGCAGCGUCCUGAGUGGGAUCAGCCUCUAUGACCCGAGGACUCCAAGCCCUGGCUGCAAGUCUGCAGAGUCUGCUGGCGAAGGGAGCCCAGCCACCAAGAGCUCCGAAGGUGGCAAAGGCGGUGGCGGCAGAGGGAAGGAGCCGCUGUUUGUGCGUCGGUCAGCUCUGGAUCAGCUGGAAGCAGAGAAGCCCAGCCCAGAGCCUGCAACUGACCGCUACAACAGCUACAAUCGGCCACGGCCCAAGGCAGCCACCUCUGCUCCUGCUUCCGCCGUGCCUGUUGCAGAGAUGGCUGUCACUCAGCCUGGCGUCCACAAUCUCCCAGUGCCGCCUGUGUAUGGCAUGGUAAAACAGGCGGCUAAGUCGGGGGCAGGCAGUCCUUUUGCAGGGAACAGCCCUGCCCAGGAAGGGGAGCUGCAGGAUGCUGGCUCUCUGAAGGAUGUUUUUAAAGGCUUUGACCCAACAGCCUCCCCGUUCUGCCAGUAGUAUUAAAAGACUUGUACGUGCAGCCUUGUGUCCAAAAGAAGCAGCAGUGUUCUUCACUUUUUAAAAAUUCCAUUAAUGCUCCUUUUUGCCAUUGACUAUGUACCUCCAUCCUUUGAGCUUUGCUGAGUGUAAUCUCCAAGCGACUUGCAGGAGAGUAAUGAGCGUCUUAAGCCCCCUCAGGCAGUAUUGUGUCAUGCCCCUCCAGGUCCCAUUGUGGACGGUUUUGAGGUCCACUCAGAAUCAUUCAGUGUCUUCAGACCCAGGCUGGCUAGUGCCGCCAGCCCCUCCCUCAUUCUUUGCACAGUGGCCGGGCCAUGUCGACAUCCCCCCGCUUCUCCUCUUCAGGUAUUUAUUGUCUGUCGAAUGGAGGAGAGGCUGACGAAAGGAUGACAGUUUCUUAGUGUGCCGUGUUAAGGGGUGAAGCUGUCAGCCAUGCUGAUCUGUAGAAUAUAUAUAUCUUCAUUUCUAAACUGUAACAAUAUAUGUGUAUCAUAGCCUUUUUUAAAAAAAGAAUCUAGCGCAGUGAAAAUUAUUAUGGAGAAGUAACCAUGUUGAAUUAUUUUUGUAAUUGUAUUGAAUUUUGUUUUAAAUACCCCUUCUGCCGUUUCCUUGCGUUGCUGGAUUCAGAUGUGAUUCAGCCAGGCUAGAACAGGCUGCUACUGCCUCUGGUGGGUGACCCCUUGAAAAAGCGAUGCCUUCUACCAAAACAGAGUUUGUAGUAUUGAAAUUAAAUUAUUAAUAACACUCUUUAUUUUGCUUGUAUGUCUUCUGCACUCCUCUAAAGAAGCAAAGGGACCACCGGUGUUCGGAAAUGAUGGAUUUGUCAUUCACACAAAGAACCAAUAGUUUCCACGAGCUGUUAUGGAGGGGCAGUUGUAGCCUUCCAGCAUCCUGGAAAGCCCUGACUCAGCACAGCCCCCAUUCCCUUAGAAACCAUGAUAAAUAGUUCAGAGGAGAGGUUGCAGUGUCCUUUGUGUCACAUCCAAGAGCAGCCCCCUAGAUUUGGUCUUUCCAGAAUUGCUAAACGGAGCCGGAAGCCAGGGCUGGUUCUGUCCUUCCGGUGCUUCUGACGGAUAAAUUUGGUCUUUGCUGCAAGCAGGUUCUCUUCUCAGACGGGGAGAAGUGAGUUGCACUCGGUUUGCCUCCAGAAGACUGCUCCUGCCCUCCCCACUGCUGCGCUCUCGGUCAGCCUCUUUAAAAGCGAGACGUGGUUCUUGAGUCACGAGCGCUGACCUUUUGCUCUGAACCUGCCUGGCAAGAGCCACCUGUAGGAUGUGAUCCACGUGGACUUGCAUGUUCUCGCAGCAAGUGGUUUGGAGCACGUUUCACCAUGUGGCUGUUAGAAAAGUGUCCUCAUAACGGAGUGAGCUGUAUUGGCUUAUCGGGGUAAGACCCAAGCAUCCUUUCUGCCUGGGAAAAACGAGCUGAACCGGAAAAGGCCCGCCUGCCCCACAGAACAGAUGAGCAGCAAGGGCUGCAGCCAGGUUGCUUUGGUGUGGUGGGACUGAGGCAUCUCUGUGAACCCGAAGGCGGGCACAAGCAUGUGUCAAGAGCUGCUUGCGGGCGCCGUUAGAAAUGAUGGGGUUCCUUUGGCAAAAGUAUUUGCAGUUCGACAGCUUUAAGACGUUUGUGGGGCUUACAGGGGUGUAUCGGGGAGUGACUGGAGCAUGGUUCGUGCCCAAGCUUAGUGUUUAACCUGACAAGGGUGAGGGGUCAAAACAUUUUUCAGUGUAUUUUCCUAUCUCUGCCUUGAUGAUUCCUACUGUUUCAGGCACCUCCGUUCUUUGCCCAGGAAGUGUAACACCCACAGUAUAGAACUCGCUUGGAAAGGGAAAGAAAGUUAUGUCCUUUCAAUACAAAUGUAACCUAGUUUUCUUGGAAAGCCAGGUCUGUUUCCCACUCUCCAAAUUUUCAGCAGUUUCCCUGGGAAGGCUCCGCAUGCAGACACAUUGAAGCCCACAGGAGGAGGAGGAGGAGGUCUGGAGCAUAUUUCCAAGGAACCUUCCAGAACUCUUAUCCUGGAGUGGGCAGGACUCUCUAGAGAAGCUGUGGUCCUGGAACUGAUGAAAAGCUUGUGAAGGAGUGUGCUCUUUGUGAAGUAUUCCGUCUUGUGAGCUUGCAUAGGUACAUAGAUGCUCUGUGACAUUUGUACAAUCUGACUUUUGUAAAUCAAGAUCCAUUCAGUAGGCCUAAAUCUUUGUUAUGAAUGAAACUUGCCAGAGCUUUAUAAAAAUGCUGUAAAAUGUAAAUAUUAUUUGAAAAGGGAUUUGUAUAUAUCGUACUGGUAUUUUUACAGUGAUUUUUUGGUUGCAUGGCUGUUGCUUUCUUUUUUUAUUACACACGUGUCUUCCAACAAUGUCCAGACUCAAGAUUCCUAUCGUACUGCUGGCAUUAAAUGAUGCGGUGAUUUUAAAGG